GAUGAUAACCUUCUCCCUCUCUACUUUCCAGCUUCAUUAUCAUUUGCCAGUGAAACUCUGGGAUUUUCGAUUCUUUUCUUUUUCGCAAAUUAUCUCUAAGAUUGCCGCCCAACAUGAUAUCUCCAAUUGUAAGAAGAGGACUUUUGCAGAGCACAAAAUAUGCAAGAUCAUUCAGUUCCAGCCGAAUGCUUUCGGCGCAAGAGGUCAAAAGCCUUGGUGUUAUCGGCGCUGGCCAAAUGGGAUUGGGAAUAGCAUUAGUAGCAGCACAAAGAGCUGGUGUUCCGGUCACUCUCGUCGAUACAAAUCAAGCCUCUCUUGAUAAGGGUCUCGCAUUUGCCGAUAAACUCCUGGCCAAAGAUGUUACCAAGCAGCGCAUUACUCAAGAACAAUCUGACACUAUCCGCUCCCUUCUCAUCCCAACCACAAAGAUGGAUGAUCUUUCCUCGGCAGACUUUGUAAUCGAAGCCGUGCCUGAAAUUCCCUCUUUGAAAUUCUCAAUCUUCAGUUCCCUAGCCCAAAUCUGCCCUCCUCAUGCCAUCUUGGCUACAAACACAUCCUCCAUAUCCAUUACACGAAUCGCCGCGUCAACGACUAAAGAUCCUAAAGAUACUAGCGCUUCCUCCCGGGUAGUUUCAACCCAUUUCAUGAACCCAGUGCCUAUUCAGAAGGGUGUAGAGAUUAUCACUGGAUUACAAACAAGUCAAGAGACAUUGGAUGCAGCCAUUGAAUUCUGCAAACGGAUGGGCAAAAUCCCAUCUACUUCAGCAGAUUCCCCAGGAUUUUUGGCAAAUCGGAUUUUGAUGCCUUACAUCAAUGAAGCCAUAAUUUGUUUAGAGACCGGGGUUGGUAAAAGAGAUGAUAUCGAUGCGAUAAUGAAGAACGGAACAAAUGUUCCUAUGGGACCAUUGCAAUUGGCGGACUUUAUUGGUAUUGAUACCUGCUUAGCAAUUAUGAAGGUACUAUACGAGGAAACAGGAGAUAGCAAGUAUAGACCUAGUGUGCUAUUGGGCAAGAUGGUAGAUGCGGGAUGGUUGGGCAAGAAAAGUGGAAAGGGGUUUUAUGAUUAUUAAAUGAGAAAUAAUUUUGACUACUAGAUAUAAGUCGAUAUACCAUGGGCUUGCAUUGCAGCUUUAUGAUCAACUGAAUAAGAUUCUGGGCAUGCUAAUUCCCGUCGCCUUUACUUGUACAGAGGAUAGCGAGGUCAAUCGAUGAGGUUUUGGGCCUCUUCACUAAAUCUAUAUCAGCAGUCUGCUUUACUUAGCGUCAUGCUCAUACAUGGUAAGUUUUUUUGCAGAAUUUGAAUGAUAGUUAACUUUCAAUCCAAAUGGACGUAAGAUACAUCAUAAUAUUUCA